UUUCAUUCAGGCUUGGUGACUUUUAUCUGAAACUAAAAUUUUUUUAGUUCAACUUUUUUCCAAAGCAUUUCAUUUAACUGACGGGCUAUACCGCGUUUCUUUCCCAGCUUAACAAUAUAGAACAUAAUGUCAGCACCAGCCAAAGAUCCAGCAGUCGACGAAAUCACUGAGAAAACCAAAGAAGUUUACUUAGAUGAUGAAGGUAAACCUAUCACCAAAAGUGCCUACAAAAAACUACAAAAAGAUAAGGAGAAGGCUGCCAGGAAGGCUGCCACCGCUGCAAAGAUUGCUGCUGAAAAGGCUGAAAGAGAAGCCAACCAAGUUGAUUGUUCUAAGGAACUCUAUGGUAAACUCCCUAUGAACCAAUCUCAAACACGAACUGGUACAAAGUUUGAAAACAUUAGCACCAUCAACGCUUCCCGCGAAGGUGAAGUAAUUACCGCCCGUGUGCGUGUUCAAACUUCCCGUGCUACUGGUGGUAAGAUGUGCUUCUUCGUUUUCCGUCAAGGUGUUUCUACCAUCCAAGGUAUCAUCACAGCUGACGAAAAGACAAUCUCUAAGCAAAUGGUCAAGUACUGUGUUGGUAUCUCUCCCGAAUCUAUCGUGUUAGUUACAGCCAAGGUUGUCAAGCCUGUUGAAGAAGUCAAGAGUUGUACUAUCUCAUGUGCUGAACUUGCUAUUGAAAAGAUUUAUGUCAUUUCUGAAGUGAAGCAACGUCUUGCAUUCUCUUUGGAAGAUGCUACACGUCCUGAAAGCUCUUAUGAAAAUGAGGAGACUCAGCUCGCUCGUGUUAAUUUGGAUACUCGUCUUAACAACCGUAUUCUUGAUCUUCGUACUACCACUAACCAUGCUAUUUUCCGUAUGCAAUCCGGUGUUUGUUUACUUUUCAGAGAAUUCUUGCUUGAACGUGGCUUUAUGGAAAUUCAUACGCCAAAGUUGAUCGGUGCUGCUUCUGAAGGUGGCUCCAAUGUCUUCAAAGUUAGUUAUUUCAAGAGAGAUGCUUUCUUAGCUCAAUCACCCCAACUUUACAAGCAAAUGUGUAUUGCCGCUGAUUUCGACAGAGUUUUCGAAAUUGCUCCUGUUUUCCGUGCUGAAGACUCAAAUACUCAUCGCCACAUGACUGAAUUCAUGGGUCUCGAUAUGGAGAUGGCUUUCAAUGAACACUAUCACGAAGUUGUUGAAGUUUUGGAAGAUCUCUUUGUUUUCAUCCUUUCUAACCUUAAGACUCGCUAUGCCAAGGAAAUUGAGAUCAUCAAGAAGCAAUAUGAAUUUGAAGAUUUUGAAUUUUUACCCAAAACUCUUCGCCUCAAGUUCUCUGAAGGUGUUAAGAUGUUGAGAGAAGCCGGUGUUGAACUUGAUGAUUUGGAAGAUUUGAGUACUACCAACGAAAAAUUAUUGGGUAAACUCGUCAAGGAAAAGUAUCAUACUGACUUUUACGUUCUUGACAAGUUCCCUCUGAACGCUCGUCCUUUCUAUACAAUGCCUGAUUCUGAAGAUCCCAAUUAUUCCAACUCUUAUGAUUUCUUCUUACGCGGUGAAGAAAUUAUGUCUGGUGCUCAACGUAUUCAUGAUCCUGAAUAUUUAACUGAACGUGCUAAGGCACAUGGUGUUGACAUUUCUACCAUUCAACCAUAUAUUGAUGCCUUCAAAUUGGGAGCACCUCCACAUGCCGGCGGAGGUAUCGGUUUAGAACGUGUUGUAAUGUUGUUCCUUGGCCUUGGUAACAUUCGUCGCUCUUGUCUAUUCCCUCGUGACCCUAAGCGUUUGGAACCUUAGAGUAGUCAACAUUAGGCCUUUUAACUCUGUCUUUUCCAAUUGUAAUUGUCUUUAAUUUUUGGAAUAAAAUGUAGCAUACAUCUUUUACGGCAUUUUGACAUUGCGCUGUUAGUGUAUUAAUGAAUUAGGAAAA